CUUCCACGGGAGGCCUACACGCCGCCGAUUCUGCUGCCGCCAUGUCUCUAGUGAUCCCUGAGAAGUUCCAGCACAUCCUGCGAGUACUCAACACCAACAUCGAUGGGCGGCGGAAAAUAGCCUUUGCCAUCACCGCCAUUAAGGGUGUGGGGCGGAGAUAUGCUCAUGUGGUGCUGAGGAAAGUGGACAUUGACCUCCCCAAGAGGGCUGGAGAGCUCACAGAGGAUGAGGUGGAGCGCAUGGUCACCAUCAUGCAGAACCCAAGGCAGUACAAGAUCCCAGACUGGUUCUUGAACAGACAGAAGGACAUGAAGGAUGGCAAGUACAGCCAGGUUCUGGCCAAUGGUCUAGACAACAAGCUACGUGAGGACCUGGAGCGGCUGAAGAAGAUCAGAGCCCACAAAGGGCUGUGCCACUUCUGGGGCCUUCGUGUCCGAGGUCAGCACACUAAGACCACUGGCCGCCGGGGCCGUACUGUGGGUAUAUCCAAAAAGAAACGAGUCUCUGGGCCUUCACUGUUAAUAAAUAGUUUAUAUACCUCAAAAUUGCAGCAUCCUAAGUACACUCACUAUGCACACUGCAGUCGUCUAUCUCCAAUGUCCACAUCCUAUGAAAGUAAAAUGGUCAUCAUUGAUCAUUCUUCUGCCAGUCAUAGGGAGGUUUUCCUGGCAGAAGAUCAAAGACAAGAGAAAGAAAAGUCCAAGAUAUGGCUUAAAACUGUGGUGCUUUGCACAAAAGCAGGAGAAUUGAGAAGUCUGUUUGUAGUUGAAAUAACUCUGACAACAGCGGCUGCAGCCAUAGAAACAAGGCCUCGGUCCAGUGUGAUUUUCAGGAAUGAAAGGGAAGAACAGAUGUUUCAGAUCCUGGAGAUGGAUUUAGCAUCUCAACUCUUCCCUGUCUGGAACUGGCCUUUAAAGAAAGCCAGGGGCUUCACAUUGUGA